AUGAAGAAAAUCAGUGUGGUGAACCUUGACACACUUUUAGAUAACUUCUCAGAGAUAGAAAAGAAAAUAUCAGAAAUUAAUGAAGCAAAUAACCUAAUGGUUCUGCAGCUGGAAAAAUGUAACAGGUUGCUAACACUAAGCCAAUCAAAGGAGGAAUCAACAAAAGAAGAAUGUACUACUCUACAGAAUGUGAUAAAGGGUCUAACACAAACCAUCGAAAACCAGUGUAAUGUGAAAGAUGAAAAUGAUAGAUUGAAGGCUACCAUUCACAUCUUGGAAGAGAAAUUAAAGGCUUGUGAACAGGAAUAUAAAGAUCAGAUUGAGAAAUGUAUGACAGAAAUUAAACACAAGGAGGAAGAACACAAGUUAGAAGUAACACGGCUGAAUUGUGAUACAAGACAAAAACUUGAAGUAAAAGAACUCGAGUAUAGAGAACAGAGAGAGAGAAAAGAACUGGAAAUAUUAGAGCUAACUAGACAGUUGAAAAUUCAAAAUGAAGAGAAGCAGAAUGAAAUAAUUAAACUGCAGAUAGAGUUCAAUGCUAAAUUAGCAAGAGUUCAGAACAAAACAACAAAAUCGUUUUCAGAUGCUUCUGUCUUGCCACAAAGUAUCUAUCGAAGGAAGCUGCAGCACCUCCAGGAGGAGAAGAACAAGGAAAUUGAUAGUCUGAGAAAGACCAUAAGAGACUUAGAGCAACGUCUCAAUAAAGGCCAAGACCUGCACUGCAAGCGGAAGCGAUUCUGA